ACGCGCUCGAUCGAGCCGGCCCUAUGAUGAAAACUCAUGCCUGAGGGGUGCUGCGGUGGGGCGGGUGGUUCAGUGGCGUCGCCGCGCCGCCCUACCGUUGGGUAGCGUGUUCGAUCCCCCCGCUGCAGAGAUGCCCGAUGACCAAAGGAUUAUGAGAGCUGAGGGCUGUCCAUUUUCAGAUCGAACCGCCGGAAGUUCGCCUUAUACUAUUAUUUCCAAACAUACACAAGGCAUAACUCACACCGCCGUGGUGCCCCUCGACCUGGUCAAGUGCCGGCUGCAAGUGGACCCCGACAAGUACAAGAACGUGGUCAACGGCUUCAAGGUGUCCGUGCGCGAGGAGGGGAUGCGCGGCCUCGCCAAGGGCUGGGCGCCAACCUUCAUCGGCUACUCGCUCCAGGGCCUGUGCAAGUUCGGCCUGUACGAGGUGUUCAAGGUGACCUACUCGGGCAUGCUCGACGAGGAGACGGCGUACACGUACCGCACGCUGGUGUACCUCGCCGCCUCCGCGUCGGCCGAGUUCUUCGCCGACAUUGCGCUGUCGCCCCUCGAGGCGGCUAAGGUUCGCAUCCAAACAAUGCCCGGAUUCGCCACGUCGCUCCGCGAGGCGUGGCCCAAGAUGGUGCAGAAUGAGGGCUACGGCACAUUCUACAAGGGUCUCGUCCCGCUGUGGGGCAGACAGAUCCCGUACACCAUGAUGAAGUUCGCCUGCUUCGAGAAGACUCUGGAACUGCUCUAUAAGUACGUGGUGCCGAAGCCGCGCGAGCAGUGCACGAAGGGCGAGCAGCUGGUGGUGACCUUCGCCGCCGGAUACAUCGCGGGCGUGUUCUGCGCGAUCGUCUCGCAUCCCGCCGACACGGUCGUCUCCAAGCUCAACCAGGACAAGACCGCGACGGUCGGCUCCAUCGUGGGCAAACUCGGCUGGGCCGGUGUAUGGAAGGGUCUUGGACCGAGGAUCAUCAUGAUCGGUACCCUCACCGCUCUGCAGUGGUUCAUCUACGACGCCGUCAAGGUGUGGCUGAGGAUGCCCAGGCCGCCGCCCGCCGAGAUGCCGGAGUCGAUGCGCAAACGCCUCGAAGCCGAGGAAGCGGCGAAGUCCAAG